CCCGGUGCUCCGUCUCCCCAUGCUGCACUCCGGCUCUCCGCUUCCACGGGAGCCUCAACUCGCACCUCUCCAACAAAGAGAGUAGUGUUUGUUGAGACUUCCCCGCAGCCAAUCGCUGCGUCGUUGCCCUUGGUAACCACGUCCAUCAUCCUUUGACGCCCAAUGAGCAGCGGGGGCGUGGCGGAGUCCAGGUGCGCCUCGGCGUCCACUUGGCAGAGCGCCUGAGAGCCGCCUGUGGGCAGGAGAGGAUCUGUCAAAUGCGAGGUUCCUUUAAUAAGAGCGACCAGUCCGGCUCCGAGAGUCAUGGCGACCGCAGCGUCUAACCACUACAACAUCCUCACCUCCAGCGCAUCCAUCGUGCACUCGGAGCCCGGCAGCAUGCAGCAAGCCACGGCGUACCGGGACGCGCAGAGCCUGUUGCAGAGCGACUACCCGCUGCAGAGCAACAGCCAUACGCUCAGCCACGCACACCAGUGGAUCACUGCGCUGUCCCACGGAGAGGGAGCCCCGUGGUCCUCCAGCCCGCUCGGCGCGGAGCAGGACAUCAAACCCGCGGUGCAGGGCGCCCGGGACGAGAUGCACAACUCCAGCAGCAACCUGCAGCACCAGUCACGGCCGCCCCACCUGGUGCACCAGACGCACGGGAACCACCACGACGGCCGGGCGUGGAGAACCACCACCGCGGCGCACAUACCGAGCAUGGCCACGACGAACGGCCAAAGCCUUAUUUACUCCCAGCCGGGCUUCAGCGUCAACGGGCUGAUCCCGGGCAGCGGGCAGGGGAUGCACCACCACAACCUAAGAGACAGUCAUGACGACCACCACAGCCCGCACCUCAGCGAACACGGCCACCCCCCGUCCCAGCAUCAGCACCAGCACCGGCCGCAGAGCCACCACGACCACUCGGACGAGGAUACGCCGACCUCGGACGACCUGGAGCAGUUCGCCAAGCAGUUCAAACAGCGGAGGAUCAAGCUGGGCUUCACGCAGGCGGACGUGGGACUCGCCCUGGGGACCCUGUACGGAAAUGUGUUUUCCCAAACCACCAUAUGCAGGUUUGAGGCCCUGCAGCUCAGCUUCAAAAACAUGUGCAAGCUGAAGCCUCUGUUGAACAAGUGGUUGGAGGAGGCGGACUCCACCUCGGGCAGCCCGACCAGCCUGGACAAAAUCGCGGCGCAGGGGAGGAAAAGGAAAAAACGGACUUCAAUCGAGAGAGUCUCCCAGCUUCAGGAAGGGCUCCGUGGCGAUUGAUUGGAUUAUCUGGCACUUUUCCACAACAUACAGGAUGGGCUACAGAUAUAUAGAUAUCUACAGAAAAAAAUAUAUGUCACCAACUCUCACAGAACAUUUGGAUCCACUUUUGUAAAUAUUGUAUAACUUUAAAAGUCAUGGCUUCAUCCCUUUUUUUUUCUUUCUUCACUGGGGCACUUUUUUUGGAUUGAUGUUUUCAAGAACAAACAGGUUGAGGGUUUUUUUUGUUUAAAUCCAGUCUCAUUCAUAGCCUACCUACUGCCUUGUAUUUGUGUAUUUAACGUUAAUUUUGUUGCCGAAAUUAUGCUCGUUUACGGUUUAAUAAUUUUUUUGUGGCGCAUUGUGUUUUCAGUCUAAAUAUAUUUUUUUUAAUGUGAAAUCAAUUUAAUUUGUUUAAAUUGUCCAAGGAGUUCUGUUUUGCCAUUUGAUGCCCGCUCUGAAAUUACAUUAGAUUGUGUUUCCAAUCAAAAUAUAGUGCUUUUAAGACUGAAUUCAAAUUAAUCGAUAACACUAUUGUAGAGAAUAUUAUUGUCCACAAUGAAUCAGACGACAGAGGAUAAAAACGGGGAUAACAAUAACAUGAUCAGUGUGUUUGAAAUGAAAAACAAUAAUAAGGCCUUUAGAUUUCCUCCCAGAAAACAAUUUAGUGACAUUCCAAAAACUGCAGCAUAUGAUCAAAAUUAUUAUUAUAAUUAUUUUAAUUGUUAUUAUUAUUAUUAUUAUUAUUAUUAUUAUUAUUAUUAUUAUUACUAUUAUGCUGUUAUUUUAAUUUGUUUGUGAGGUCGUUGCCAUGCAUUUCAUUUCAGCCAUUUUGUUCAUCUUCGUCUAUGUUGCUUUAUUACAAUGGGGGAAAUUGCUCGUAGACAUUUUAUUUUAUUUUUUAGUAUUGUUAAUGAGAUUGUAAUUUAUUAUACAAUGGCUUUUAUAGAUGACACAAAGUGCGAGAUAUACUAUAUGAAAUGACACCGAGAAGGCUUUUGUCUUGUAGGGAACAAGAGAGACAUAUUUUUGAUUUUGAUUUUUUUUUUUUUUUUUUUUUGUUCAGCGGGAUUGCCACAGCUUAAACCGUCACAGCUAAAUGUAUAUACAUCUUUUCUCCGUACAGUAGCUUGCUUUUCGUUUUAUGCAAAAACAGAUAUCCAGGGACUUGUGUUUUUUUCUCCUCUCAUGUGGAAACAGCUUUUCCUCCCCCCCCCCCCCCCUCUCCUGAUUUAUGUUUCUCCUGCAGAAAACAACAAGCAGAACCGACCAUGGCAUUGAAAUCCUUCCUCAGUAGCUUUAAUGAAUCGAUCCAACUCAUAAUUCACUGGAAAAAUCCAAGUUGUGGGAUGUAGACCUGUAGCAAUCCGACGCUGUUUUCUUGUUGUUUUUGUUUAAUUGCUUGUUAAACCAGUCGUUUGGUUAUUAUUUUUUUGGGGGGGAUAUAGGCUAUGUCAUAUUCACUGGAUGAACUUGGGGUAGAUAAAGCAGAGGUGAUAAACGCCUGUUGGUGUUUCAUCACUUGACACAUGAACAACGGACUUGCACAUUUUUAAAUAAUGGGGUUGAUAUUAAACAGCUUUUUUCCAA